AUGUCAGGGAGCGCCGGUCCUCGUACUGCGACGGCUAAACGCUUCUUUCGCCUUUCGAACGAGACGGGAGAGGGUAAGCCGGAGAUCUCACCUCACCCAGUACGAACGAUGGAGAUCGGACUAGCGCAGUUUCGCCGACGCAGACGUGCGAACAAUUCCAAAGUCCCCGCUGCCUCUCUCCCGCCCGAGGUAAUCAUGCUCAUACUACGGCAUACCCUCGAUCCACUGACCCGAUGUCCGUUCUGCCAUAUCUUCUUCGCGCACAACUUCUGGAACGAGAUCGCCGACUUUUACGAUCAGCGCCAGAGAGUCCUGCGCCCGCUCGUCCUCGUCUGCAGGGACUGGUACUGGCCCGCCGCCAGCUUGCUCUACCAGAGCCCAGUCAUUCACGAUCAGAAAGGCGCAAUAAAACUUGCACGUACUCUAAGCCGCAGACCCGAGCUUGCGCGCUUGGUGUGCGCGCUGGACCUGGGGGAGGUACGACCGAGACAUCAGGGUGUACGGGAGUCGUGGCUCCUGUCAGUAUUGAACAAGGCACGAUCGAAGUGGACGACGUUGCUACACCGAGACGUGAUAUACGGGCGGCAGCUCUGCACGUUGUUGGGCUCGCUAUCCGGAGUCGCGUGCGUAACCCUCUGUGGCGAGGGGGAUGACUCGUUGCUUCGCCACGCUCUGGACGUUGCGCCCUGUGCGACGUCGCUGACGAGACUCGUUUUGAAGCGCCAUCCACGUGCUUCUUACGAAGCCGCUUUCCAUGGUCUUUCCGCAGCCUUCUCGUCUCUCCAGGAUCUAUGUCUCAUCGGGUUUAUGGGCAGGCUCAGGUUGCCUGCGCUACCGUCUCUCCGGGUCUUGCGUCUUUGGAGUUGCUUUUACGAUGUGCAAGAAAUCACUCCGAGAACUUUAGGAAACCUGGCAUUGGACACGCUUGAGUUCAUCAGUGUCCCGCUCGAGGUGAUAACAAAACUAUGCAUGUACAAUGUGUCCGGGCUCAGCUGUCUCCGUGUCAGGAGUUGGAUGCGGGACUCGCUGGGCGAUCUCGAUCUCCGGGCGUUCCAGUCUUUGAAAGCAAUCUCGCUCUGCUUCGACCUCUUAGACGGCCCCACCCGCUUCCCCAGGGGCAUUGAAGUUAUUACGACCCUAGAGGAACUUUUCGUCGAUAUCCUCACACCGGGCGUUGUCUCGCAAUUUGCGGAACUGCUUGGUGACUCCAGCACAUUCCCCGCGCUAGUACACUUGAGCAUUUCGGGUCAUCUGUCAUCGUUGGCCAAGGCUGACACCGACGACGAAGCGGCGAGCAUUGAGAGACUCAAAAUAAAAUGUGAAGCAAGAGAUGUAAAGCUCACUUUGGCCUUAUCUCUUGCAUCUCCUACAUACUUCGUCUACCUACGUGUGCUUGCAGACAUCAGCAUUUUUACACAUUCCUGA